GGUCCACCGGUUGCCGUGUCUUAUCCGAUCGAUCGGUGAAUUGUGUUCUCCUUCUCUUCCGUCUGGUUACACUGAUAAGGGCAGCAUCCGAGAACGGAUAGCUCUUGCUAAGGUCUUGCAAACUCACAUUUACUGCCGGUGGCAGGAAUGAGAACUCGAAAUAUUGGGACUCCCCAAUCGGUAACCGCCAAAAAGACGCCGGCGGGGAGGAAAUCUGCUACUUAUGCUGCUACGAACUCCACUGCUACUGCCAAUGAAUCGGUGACUCCCAAAACUGCCGGGACUAAGGGCGGUUCUGCUGCCAGAGCAAAGAAGCCGUCAUCUGCAGUAACUAUCAGUUCUGAGUCCAAGACUGAACAAUCACCAGAUUUAGUUGAAGUGAAACCGUCUGCUGAUGCUGCUACCAUGACAGCUGAUUCAGAAGUUGAACGGGGAAAUAAAAUAGGAGCAAAGAGAAGACCUGGGAGGCCGAAAGGAAAAGCUGGUCCCAAGAGGACACCAAAGUCAGUGGAAGCUGUAAAGCAAACGGCAGAGGAAUACCCGAAAAAUUUACAAGUGGACGCUGCAAAGGACUUGGAGAGUGAAAAGCAAGAGGAAACUGAUGCUGGAGAUGAGAGAGAUCCUGAGGAGGAAGAACCUAUGAUGGAAGGAGAAGAAAUUCUUGUCAGAAAUGGUGUUCAAUCUGCAAAGGAGGGGAUUUUGAUUGACAAAGAAAUUGUUAGUAAUGAUGAUGGGGAAUGCAGACUGGAGGAGAAAAUUGUGAUGGAAAAUGAUGUACCUGUUGAUGAAAAUGCUAGGAGUUCUGUGGAGCAAGAGGAACCUUUUGUUACAGAGGUUGCCAAAUCAUCUGAGAAUGAAACAAAACGCAGUGAAAAGGGAAGUCAGGAAUUGAAAGGAGGAUGUAAAGAGCAGAUGGAAAUUGAUGGUCAAAAGAAUCACCAGAUUGAGCAUGCCAACGUAGAAGAAAAUGUUAAAUAUGAGUUCCAAAGAGAAGAGGAAACUGAAGAGGAUCCUUAUGGUGGUAUUGAUGAGGGACUAGGGGAGUAUGAUGAUAGACUUGAUUUUGGAGAACAUGAAGAUGAAGACCUUCCAGAUGAUGAUAUAGAGGACACUGGGGAAGAAACUGAAGCAUUGGAAGAGGAGUGCAGGCAAUUGACAGCCAUUGCAAAGGAGUGGAGAAUGAAGAAAGAGUGUGAGAUAUUCAUUGGUGGAUUAGAUCGGGACGCUGUUGAGGAAGAUGUGAGAAGGGUUUUUAAGAAGAUUGGAGAGGUGGUUGAAGUUCGGUUGCUAAGGAAUCCUGUGACCAACAAGAAUAAGGGCUAUGCAUUUGUGAAGUUUGCGACUAAGGAGCAGGCAAUGCGUGCCUUGUCUGAAAUUAAAAACCCUGUGAUAUGUGGGAAGAGAUGUGGGACUGCACCUAGUCAGGACAACGAUACAUUGUUUUUGGGAAAUAUCUGCAAUACAUGGACAAAAGAAGCCAUAAAACAAAAGCUGAAAGAUUAUGGCAUUGAAGGUCUUGAGAAUAUUACUCUAGUCCCAGAUGUUCAACAUGAAGGGUUGAGUCGUGGUUUUGCAUUUCUUGAGUUCUCUUGUCAUGUUGAUGCCAUGCUUGCAUACAAGAGGCUUCAAAAGCCUGAUGUUGUAUUUGGACACCCUGAGAGAACUGCCAAGGUUGCUUUUGCUGAACCUUUACGUGAGCCUGAUCCAGAAAUAAUGGCUAAGGUAAAGACAGUUUUUCUUGACUCACUUCCCGCUCAGUGGGAUGAAGACCAUGUCAGAGAACGACUUAAAGGUUAUGGGGAGAUUGUGCAUAUUGUCCUGGCCCGCAACAUGUCAACUGCCAAAAGAAAGGAUUUUGGAUUUGUUGAUUUCUCUACCCGUGAAGCUGCUAUUGCUUGCAUAAAUGGGGUAAAUAAUGCUGAGUUAGGUGAUUGUAACUCAAAGACAAAAGUCAGAGCAAGGCUAUCGAAUCCAUUGCCUAAAACACAGGCUAUAAAGGGUGGAAUGUCUGGUGGAUUUCGAAUUGGACACAGUGGCAGCAGACCAUUUUUGAGAUUUGGAAAGAGUUUUGGGCGGGGUGGACAUCGCUUUAAUUGGUCACAUUUCCAGCAUGGAAGGGGUUUUUAUCAUCAUGAACAGGGCCGACCUAGUAGAAUACAUCCGAAUAAUUAUGAUUUUGAUAACAGAUAUGCUGAGUUUCAUGGGAGGCAUGCUGUGGGGGAAGGAGGAAGAUGGGGUCAUUUUAGAGGUGGUUACCAUGCAUCCAAAGGUGUUGCAAGUACUGGGUCAUCGAGGCAUAGUUUUAAUAGAUCCUGGCAUGAUGCCCCUGAUACAUACUGGGAGGAGCAUAUGCCUUUCAGGAGGCCACCAUUUUCUCCUGAAGCAUCCUUUGAUAGACCUUAUCAUAGAAGACACUAUGAUGAUCGGUAUUCCUAUGAUGAAACUUUGCAUGGAACUAAGCGGCCAUUUUAUAUGACUGACCACCAACCUGACUAUGGGGAGCCUAGUAGAGUCCGUCCGCGGUUGGAUUAUGCUUACCCAGAAGUUCCAUUUCAUGACACCCAUUAUCAUGAUACUUAUGGAGCUGGGCCUGUUGGAAGUGGUCCCUAUUCACAUGAUUAUCAUGUUUCUGAUCACGGUACUUAUCCUCCACACUUUGGGGCCAAUCGUUCUUACGGAGGUGGCUAUUACUAGAAGAUUCAGCAUUGGGGGGCUGGAAAUUGGAGAUGCACUUCAUUGCUGAUAAGAAAAUGGCUUGCUCCAGAAAAAUAAGUUGACAUCUCCCUUUUAUUUUUUUUUUCUAUAUUUGUAUUGUCUUAAUUUUAUGCUUUUCUUCUUUAUCCCUCUAUUUCAGUUCUCUUUCUUGUUGUUAGAACUUUCAGAGUUUAGAUCUGUCUAGUUUAGGUAAUUUGUUAGGGACCUUGAUUAAGAAACUUAAUAUCAUAUCUGUACAGUAUAGAUUGAAAUACAGUAUAGAUUGAAAUAGGCAGUUAUUCACUUUAUCCUUUAUCCAGGAAUGAACUGCUCAAAGACUCCUGAAUUUUAAUAUGGAUUUUGUUAGUGGAAGUGAAAUUUGGAGUUGGUUCUGUUACAUUUAUGAUCAGGAUGAUGGAUCAAAUAUACUUGUUGUUUAGUAAGGAGAAGUUGAGAAGUUUUCAAUUUUAGUUUUUGCUCGGCUUUGGAGAUUCAUAAGUAAAAGUUUUGGGUAAAUCAUUUGAAGCUUUUAUGGUGAUUAUCUUGAAGAGGUUCAAGCACUGCCUGCGUUACUCUAGGGAUUUAAAUUUGAAGUCCUUGUUAGAGUAGGAAAACGUUUGCAUUCAGUAUUCUAUGGGUAUGAUGUGAUUUUGGUGUCAUCCUUUAUCAGAGGAGCAGAGGCAUGUAAUAAAGAACAUGUUCUGAUUUUGAUCUUUAGUUGAAAGUACCAGUGGUGAAAUGGGAUGAUAUUGUUUUGAUAUUUUUGGGAGGAAAAAUUAUGGUACUUGGUUAUUCAAUUGGAUCAUUUUGCUUGGUUUUCAGUUGAGAACAAAAUUAUUUCUGUAUUCCUUGGAGAAACCAUCUUGCUGAGCUUGCCUCUGAAUGUGGUUUGAGAGUUAAUAUUCAUUCUUGUGUUGAUCCAUAGAUGGUUGAUCAAGGAUUUGCUUCUGGUUUUAUGGUUUUGAGUAGUCAGUUGUGGCAUAGGCAAUUAUUUUACUGCAAACUUAAUUCAUUUUUGUAUGAUCAUUAUUUUUCUGCGUGGAAUAUUGUGGUCGAAGUCCUUCACAUGACUGGCGAAUAGGGCUUGAACCAACCACCAGCAAAAUGAAUAAAGCUAAGCUUGAUGCAAAUGGGGAAAUUUUCCUUUUUCUUCCUUUGAAGGGAAGUUAAAUACUUCUUAUGUGAUGUUUGAGGUGCAUAUUCAUUAGAUAUACAGACAAUGUUUCAGGUAGUGGUGAUUCAUGAACAUCUGAUUUAGCUUUUUAGAUUUAUCAGAUGCUGUUCUUCACCAAAGAAUUCUUUUUUAGCUUUUUAUCUUAGGUUUGUGACCCAGAGGGCUCAUAUAUAUUGAGUAGAUUUAGCUCUUGCUUAAGCUACCUUCCAAUUAAACAAUGGGAAGAAUACUCUUGUUUUUCAUUGAGAUUAAGAAAUUAGUCUGAGCUUAUGGUGAAAAAAUAGAAUGGUUUUUUUUAUCUUGUGUUUUAAAGAUAUAGGUUAAAGGCACAAAUCAGACAAAUUGAAAAUCGAAAUCUAAGUUUGAGCUGUUUUGGUGGCUUCUUUUUUUGAUGAUUAAGUUUGGAUUCUUUGUUAACAACAAACUAAUUAAUCAAUUUCAUCAACUCUACCGCUGAUUCCAUUAGGAGCGGCUGUUUUUGCAUACGAGUAGCAUUAGGCUCUGUUUAGACUUGUGGUUUAUUUAUUUUUGGUAUGUAAAGAUUAUAAAUUAAAUCAUAAACAUAUAAUUUAGAAUACAAAUACUUUACAUUA